AUGGAGGAAGACGGUACCAACAGCCAGCUCUUACGACCCCUAUCACAACCCGCGCUGAACUCACGAUUUCCUUCGCUACGACGAUUAAACUCGACCGAGCCUUAUAGGCACCGCUCUCUACCUGCCGAACCCUCACCUGGCUCUGAUCGCGCCAGCAGUGAGAUUACCUUCGCUGUUCUUUACGACGAUGGCCCAGACUAUCAUGUCGGCCGUUAUGAUGAUCAGGGAUCGAUGCGAUCCGCCCAAAACAGAGAUUCCCUGGCUUCCUAUGCCCCGUCCUUCCGCACCCGAGACUCGAGGAUAGUGAGCGACGACCACUACCUCAACCGCGACCAAGACUUCGUAGCGAACCAGAGACUCCUCGCAGAGGGCUACUUGAACAAUAAUGAUUCUCUGUAUGACCAAUCGGUUCCUCGGUAUCCAACACAAUCCGAGGAGACUCUGGCCAUGAACACUCUACACAACUCGUACCCAAGGGAUGAAAAGAGACCACUUUCCCAGCAGAUGACACCGCCAUUCGAGCGGGAACACAGUAAACACUCACACGAAUCAUGGUGCACCUGUGAUGAGGAUCAUGGCCAUGGUAUGAUGGACAGGAAAGACCCAGCCAAGUUCGAUCUCGAGGCUCAAAAUGGUCCUGCCACUCCCACUCCUUUCUUGCCCAAGGAGAAACCGGGCGGUGGUCCUGGACCACGUGGCCCUGGCGGACCUGGGGGUCCAGGUGGCCCUCCCAACGACGACCCUUUCCUGGUCAAAUUUAAUGGGCCAGAUGAUCCGCUGAACCCCAAGAGCUGGCCUUCGAACAAGAAGUGGGCCAUCACCAUGCUUACCGCGUCCUUUACAUUCCUGUCACCCCUAGCGUCGUCCAUGAUCGCCCCUGCCUUGGGACAAAUUGCCGACGAAUUCCAUAUCACCAACAAGAUCGAAUCUCAGAUCGUGCUGUCCAUCUUCGUCUUGGCAUAUGCUAUCGGUCCUAUGAUUCUCGGUCCGCUAUCUGAACUGUACGGGCGUGUCAUUAUCCUCCAAUCAUCGAACGUAGUCUUCCUGGCAUUUAACACGGCCUGUGGUUUUGCUCAAACCAAACAGCAGCUGAUGGCUUUCCGAUUCUUGUCUGGUCUCGGUGGUUCAGCGCCCCUUGCAAUCGGUGGCGGUGUCCUCGGUGACCUGUUCAAACCUGAAGAGCGUGGUAAGGCCAUGGGUAUCUACGCCAUGGGCCCUCUGCUUGGCCCUGCCGUCGGUCCUAUUGUGGGUGCUUGGGUUGCCGAAAAGUCGGACUGGAGGUGGAUGUUUUACGCCACUUCGAUUGUCAACUGCUUUAUUCUCGUCGCCGGCUUCUGGAAACUCAGCGAGACCUAUACUCCCUAUAUCCUGCACAAGAAGGCGAAGAUGAUCCGCAAACAGACUGGCGACAAACGAUGGCACGCUGACGGCGAAGGUGAAGUCGACCAACCCGUAUGGAAGAAGAUUGUCAAGACCAUGGCUCGAUCAUUUGGAAUGUUAUUCAGCCAACCCAUCGUCCAGGUGUUAGCUCUUUACAUGGCCUUCUCCUACGGUAUUCUCUACCUGGCCCUUUCCACAUUCCCGGAGCUUUACGGCAAUGUCUACCACGAAAGCGUGGGUAUUGCUGGCCUGAACUACAUCUCGUUGGGUCUGGGUUUCUUCAUCGGUGCCCCUCUCUGCGGCAAGUCUGGUGACAAAGUCUACCGCAAGCUUAAGGCCAAGGAUCCCCGCGGACAGGGCAAACCGGAAUACCGUAUGCCGAUUGUCAUCCCCUUUUCCUUCUUCGUGCCCGUCGGUCUUUUGAUCUACGGAUGGUCCGCCCAGAACAAGACGCACUGGAUUGUGCCCAACAUUGGCUCGUUCAUCUUCGGUAUCGGAACCAUUGCCGCUUUCCAAUGCGUCACCACCUAUCUCGUCGACACCUACGCGAGGUUUGCUGCCUCGGCCGUGGCUGCUGUCACGAUUCUACGAUCACUCGCCGGUUUCGGAUUCCCCUUAUUUGCGCCGGCAAUGUACAAAGCUCUCGAUUUUGGCUGGGGUAAUACGGUGCUGGCCCUAGCCGCCAUCGGUAUCGGCAUUCCAGUCCCGAUCAUCCUGUGGCUCUUCGGUGAGAAGCUGAGGAAGAGAAGCAGUCUCGCCAUGAAAGGACCUCCUCCUGGCAAGGGCGGCCCAGGCGGACCUGGAGGACCAGGCGGACCUGGGGGUCCCGGGGGCCCUGGCGGCAAAGGCCCUGGAGGACCAGGCGGACCUAGUGGCAAAGGGCCUGGUGGUCCAGGGGGUCCCGGGAAGCCUCCGGGAUACACGCAAUGA